AUGGUGGCAGAAAAAUUGGGUCGUCGAAUGACCGGUAUUCUAAUGACAGUUCCACUCUGUCUUUGUUGGCUGUUGAUAAUAUUCGCAACGAAUUAUUCGUAUUUAUACGUUGGACGAUUUUUCGCGGGCGUUGGUGGCGCCACCUGUUUCUUACUCGUUCCUUUGUACGUGUCCGAAAUAUCGGCGGACAGUAUACGCGGGCAGCUCGGAAGUUUUUUGAUGUUUGCUAACAAUAUUGGAGUCUUACUGGGUUAUGUCAUCGGGGCUGGGAUGUCUUUUCGCUUGAGUGCGAUCUUCAGCCUCGCUAUGCCAUUGCUGUUCCUCGCAGGUUUUUUUUUCAUGCCGGAAACGCCCGUUUAUCUAGUACAACGCGACCGAAUGGACGAUGCGGCGAGGUCACUUUUGUGGCUUAAAAAUGGCGACAAGGCUGCUGCGGAUCGCGAAUUUUUGAGGUUACAGCCAUCGCUGAACAAGAAUACAGUCGAGCAGAACAAAUCUGUCGGUUUGAAGGACUUAUUUCGCGAUCAAGGAACCCGCAAAGGUCUCGGGAUCAUAUGCGGAUUACUGUGUGGGCAACAACUCUGUGGAAUAACAGUGAUGCUCAGUUACGCCGCGACGAUAUUCAAGAUGGCUGGAAGUUCGUUGAGCCCGAACACAGCGGCGAUAAUAAUUGGUUCGAUUCAAGUGGUUGGUUCGUGGGUUUCGACGGCGCUGAUGGAGCGAGCCGGAAGGAGGCCGCUGCUGAUGGUUUCUUGUGCGGGAAUGGCACUUUGUCAUUGUACGAUUGCGAUUUUUUGUAAAUUGUUAGACGAUGGAUACGACGUCGACUAUUUUCGUUGGAUUCCCGUAACGGCGCUGUCGAUUUACGCUCUCUCUUACAGCGUCGGUAUGAGCUCAGCUCCCUUUGUAGUCGGAUCGGAAAUUUUCACUCCGGACAUUCGAGGACUCGCGAAUACUGUAGCACAAAUCAUCAUGUGGGGGCUCGCAUUUUUGCUCGUCAAAUUUUUCCCCGCUAUGAUGAACGCGAUGGGGGUUUCUGGUUGUUUUUUUUUCCUCGGUCUUUGUUGCGUUGUCAGUUUUAUUUUUAUUUUCAUUCUCGUGCCCGAAACUAAAGGUCGAACUCUAGAAUCUAUAAUCGAUGAACUCAACGGCUUUACUGGAGUAUUGAAUGAGAAAAAUUACGUCAAAGCUGCCUUCGAAAUCUCACAGGAAAAUAUAAACUUUCCUAAGUAACUGUUGCGAAUGCAGGCAUUCAAGUUUCGAGAAACGAAUUUAGAAACCGAGUAAACACACUUUUUUUUUGUGCUAAUCAAAUUAUUGAAGGUGAUUCGAGGAGAGAUUUGUAAUUAUGAAAAUAUAUGUGAUGAUUGUUAUUGGUUUUUUCUUUGGAAAAACAUUCCGCUUCAGGGGACAUCGGAGUAUAUCGGAAAAUAAAGCUUGAAUCCAGCUA